AUGGCUGGCAGCAACGAGCCCGAGAAGCCCAAGGCAAUGAAGCCGGGCAUCACGUACACGCGUGACUUCGAGGUCGUGGAGAUGAGCGACCUCUCGGCCGAUAAGUCGCGGGGCCAGUUCACCACCACCACCACAUCCUACUCCAUCUCAACAACGGGCCGGCCUACGCGCUCGUCCGCCCGCAAGCCGACCUCGACGGCGUCGCUCGGCCGCCGCUGGGUUGACAGCUUCCGCCGCGUAGAGGGUGUGCCUAUUGGCGGCCACGAUGGCUACCAUAUCAACGAUGGCAUGCCGGACCCGGCACAGGUUGGCGACCGCUUCUACGACCUGCGCGCCGCCAAUGCGCGGACGGCCAACUCAGCGCUCGCCCGUGACCUCAAGUCACGGCAUCUACAGAUGAUUGCCAUUGGCGGCUCCGUCGGGACCGGUCUGUUCGUGAGCUCCGGCAUGGCGCUGUUCCAGGGCGGACCCGUGUCCAUGCUGUUGGCGUACAUCAUGACCGGAGCCUUUCAAUUUUGCACGAUGCAAAGCCUGGGAGAAUUGGUUGUCACCUUUCCCAUUGCGGGCUCCUUCUCCGUGUUCUCGACACGUUUCCUGGACCCCUCCUGGGGGUUUGCCAUGGGCUGGAACUAUGCCCUGCAAUGGCUGUUUGCAAUGCCGCUGGAGCUCAUCUCUGGUGCCCUGACUAUUCAGUACUGGAACCAAUCCCUCAGCCCUGCCAUUUUCGUGACUAUUUUUCUUUUCGUCAUAGCUGGUAUCAACCUCAUGGGCAUCAAGGGCUACGGUGAGGCCGAGUUUCUUUUCUCGACCAUCAAAGUCACAGCCAUCGUCGGCUUCAUUCUUCUCGGUGUCGUCAUCAACAUCGGUGGCAGCCCCCAUGAUGGAUACAUUGGCGGCAAGUACUGGCUUGACCCUGGUCCUACCAACCACGGCUUCAAGGGCUUCUGUAGCGUGCUCGCUACAUCGUCUUUCUCCUUUGUCGGCACCGAGCUCGUCGGUCUGGCUGCCGCCGAAGCUUCCAACCCCAAAAAGUCACUUCCUAGUGCCAUCAAGCAGGUCUUUUGGCGCAUCGCCAUUUUCUACGUCGUUUCGCUUUUGCUGGUCAGCUUGCUUGUCCCGUACAAUGAGCCGCGCCUUUUGGGAGGCAGGAGCUCCGUCGACGCAACAGCCAGUCCCUUUGUCAUCGCCGUCGAGAGCGCCGGACAGACAAUCCUUCCGAGCGUUAUGAACGCCGUUAUCCUUGCCGCCGUACUGAGCGUCGGCAAUUCAGCCGUUUUUGGCUCGUCACGGACACUCGCUGCCCUGGCCGAGCAGUCGCAUGCCCCCAAAAUCUUCGCCUACGUUGACCGGAAGGGAAGGCCACUGGUUGCCACCAUCUUCGCCCUGGCCCUUGGUCUCCUGGCUUAUAUGGCCGCCAUCAAAGUCCACGAUCAAAUUUUCGAUUGGCUAUUCGCCAUCUGCGGACUGUCGGGCCUCUUUACCUGGGCAAGCAUCUGCCUUUGCCACAUUCGCUUCCGACGUGCGUGGGCACUCGCCGGCCAUACGCUAGACCAGUUGCCUUUCAGGUCACAGGCUGGUGUUAUUGGAGCCUUUGUCGGCCUAGUGGGAAACCUGCUUGUUCUGAUCUCCCAGUUUUGGAUCGCUGUCUCGCCGAUCACCACCAGCGACACGGCCGCCACGCCAGCAGGGACAGCAAAGGGCUUUUUCCUAAAGAUGAUGGCGGUGCCUGUCGUGCUCAUUUUCUACCUAGCGCACAAGAUCUGGUUCAGGACAGGGGUCGUCAGCUAUAAAAACAUGGAUAUUGACUCAGGCAGAAGCUUUACCAGAGUUCCGGCAUUGUCAGCGGAGGAAGAAGAGCGUCGGAGAGCAUGGCCGAUGUGGAAGAGGGUGUACAGAGUUCUUUGCUAG